CAUAGCCUCUCCACCGUACUCUUCACUUUCGGAUACGUUCUUCAUCUUUCGUCGCUUCAUUCACCUUUUUUCUUUCACCGUUUUCGUCAAAUUUUCACCUUCUAUGUUCGUCAAUAUUGUUUACCACGUUCUUCACCUUCAUUCUCUCCGAGUUUAAUCACUAUCAAAAGCAAAGCUUUUCACAGGUUUUGGAAGAUGAGGCCUUGUCAGAAUUUUGAAAUGGUAAACGAGACUGAAUUAGUACAUGAUUAUGAUGAGGAAGUACAAUUUAAUGACGAGUUUGCCCCAAAUUCUGAGGAUGAAGAGCAACUAGGGGGUGAAAUGCAAGUAGUUGUCGAUGACGAUAUUGAUUAUGUUGGAAAUGAAGGUGAAUCGGACAGUCUUAGUGAUACUGAUUAUGGGCAUAGUGAUGAUAUUAUUGACUUUGAUUGGACCACAGUCUUACCUUCUGAGAACUUAUUUGAUAAGGUGAACAAUUCUGAUGUUGAUGAUGACUCUGAUGUGUUGCUUACACCUCUUGCUAGUGAAGAUGAUGAGGAACAUGAAAAGUUUCCGGCUUAUAAAAGUGGAGAGGUAUUCAAGUUUCAGCUAGGUAUGACGUUUAACAACAAAGAUAUGGUUAGGGAUGCUUUAAAGGAGUAUGCUAUGAAGAUGAAUAAAAAUGUUGCUCUGAAGAAAAAUGAUGGAAAAAGGAUGGUAGUAAAAUGCAUGGAUGGUUGCAAGUUCUACAUGAGAAUUACUAAAAGGGUUGGGAACCAAUUUUGGCAAGUUGUAAGUCUGAUUGAUGAACAUACAUGCUAUCGAACUGCACAUAAUAGGCAGGCAAAGACAACAUGGCUCGCCAAGAAAUUUGCACAUAUUCUAAGACAUAGCCCUGAUAUGAAAUCUGUGGGAUUGAUUGUUGAAGCUGUUGAUAGAUGGGGAGUGAAGUUGUCUCAUGAUAAGGCAUAUAGAGCCAAACGAAGGGCUAUGUAGUUGAUCCAAGGUGCCGGUAUUGACCAAUUCUCCCAUUUAAGGCGUUAUGCGCAAGAGUUACUAAAUUCAAACCCUAAUAGUAACGUUGUGGUGCAAUGUUCUGAUUCUAAUGAAGGUCCCGUGUUUGAGAGGAUUUAUGUAUGCUUAGAUGCUUGCAAGUCUGGAUUUGCAAAAUAUUGCAGGCCACUUAUAGGUUUGGAUGCUUGUUUUUUGAAAGGAGACUACGGUGGACAGUUGAUGGCAGCUGUGGGGAGAGAUGGAAAUAACAAAAUAUAUCCUAUUGCUUAUGCUGUUGUGGAGGCUGAGACAAAAGACUCUUGGGAGUGGUUCAUCAACAUUCUAAUGGAUGACCUAGAAAGCCUAAACCAUAGGGCUUAUGCCUUCAUUUCAGACCAACAAAAAGGGCCUAGUACCAGCAGUACAAAGCGUGAGUUCUCAUGUGGAGCAACGCCUUUGUGUGAAGCAUUUAUAUGGGAAUUGGAAGAAGAAAUAUCCAGGGUUGGAAUUGAAAGAGAUUAUGUGGAGUGCAGCAAGGGCUACAACAGUUGCAGCUUGGGAAAGGGCAAUGCUAAGGAUGAAAAGCUUGAAUGAAGCUGCUUGGAAGGAAAUGAAGGAUAUCCCUGCACAACAUUGGAGCAGGUCACACUUCAAGACUUAUUCUAAAUGUGACCUACAAGUAAAUAACAUGUGUGAGGCAUUUAAUAGGGCAAUUUUAGAAUAUAGAGAUAAACCAAUCAUCACUAUGUUAGAAGGGAUUAAACAUUAUUUGACCAAGAGGAUCACUAGUCAGAAGGAUGCAUUAAGCAAGUAUAAUGGUGAUAUUUGCCCUAGAAUACAAUUGGUGCUCGAAAAGAACAAGAAGGUUGUAGAAAAUUGGACACCUACAUGGCAUGGUGAUGAUGAUUUGGCCAUUUUUGGUGUGACAAAUGGAAGCGAAACAUGUGUCGUCAAUCUAAAACAAGAGACAUGUGCAUGUAGGAAAUGGGAUUUAACUGGAAUCCCAUGUUGUCAUGCCAUUACUUGCAUAUUGCAAAACAACAAAAAACCAGAAGAAUAUGUAUCUGGCUAUUACAGGAAGACUACUUUCAAGGAGACAUACUCACACAUAAUCUUCCCAACCAAUGGGCCACAAGUGUGGCCUCUUGAUGACCAAGUAUCAAUCAACCCACCAGUUAUGAGAAGGGCAAUUGGACGACCCAAAAAGAUGCGAAAUAAGGUAAAUGAUGAGCCUAGAAACCCACACGUUCUUCCUAGAAAGCUCCCAAGUGUUACUUGCCAUAAGUGUGGAGCAAUGGGUCACAAUAUGAGAACUUGUAAGGGAAAAAGGGCUGCUGACAGGGUCAUCCCAAAAGGUGGAAAUAACAAGAAGGCAAAGGGUGGAAAGACGAAGAAGAAGAAUACAUCGACAAAUUCAUCAGAAGUUGGAAACUCAUCACAAGCACCUCAGCCCACUCAACCAUCUCAACCAUAGUUAUUUUGUUAUGCAAACUGCUCAUGCAACUAUUAUGGCUUAGUUAUUUUGACUUUACGACAGUAGUAUGAUUAGUUAUUUUGAAAAGUUGUAAUGGAAUAGCAGUUUUGUUCACUUGUUCUGCUAUGGCUAAAAUGAUGUUGAGUUAUUCAGAAUUAGUCUGAGUUAUUCAGAAUUUUAGUUUGAACUGUUAUUGAAAGCAUUUUAGUUAUUCUGCAAUGUUAAUCCAAGUUCAGAAUUAGUUUGUACUACAAUGCUAAUUACUGAGUUU